AUCGAGGUCAUCACCCCAGGAAUGGCUCGUCUUAAUCGUGCACCGAUGAAUAUUAAUACGCCUUCAGUCAAUGUUUGAGAGACAGGAAACUGGUGCCCAGUUCUUUGCAGCAAACAAGCUGCACCUGGGCAAACGGAGCUCAAGAUUAAACUAGAGAAGAUUUCAGCGAGCAGCAGAAAAGUCUUCCUUAAUUAACAAUCUGUGAACUUCAUGCUUCUGGACUUUUCACCUCGUGCCAAGGAAAUCUCCAGAAACGAUGGCAGGUACCAAGUCAGCAGAAAACGCCGCUCAGGUCAGGCCUGUCGAUGUAUCGCAGCAGCUACAAGACGGAGAGAAAUUUGUCAAGUGGGACGAGGAUUCACAAGUAGCAACACCAGUCACUCUGAAAGUGGACAAACAUGGUUUUUAUCUGUAUUGGAUAGAUCAGCACAACGAAGUGGAUAUGCUAGACAUAGCUAUGAUUCGUGACACACGAACUGGAAAGUUUGCUAAGAUACCCAAGGACAUGAAAUUACGAUCUAUGGUGACAAUGGGCUCGCAAGACUCGCUGGAAGACAAAACCCUGACCAUCUGCCACGGCUCGGACUUUGUCAACAUGACUUUUAUCAACUUCUGCACGACGCGCGCCGAAAUAGCCCGACACUGGGCCGACGAGAUCUUCCACUUGGCUAACAAUCUCACUCAGCUCAAUACCAGCACCAUCAUGUUCUUGCAAAAGGCCCACACGAAGCUCACCCUGUCCGCCGACAAGUCUGGCAACAUACCAGUUAAAAACAUAAUAAAGAUGUUCACGCAAAACAAAGAGGACCGCAAGCGGCUGGAGAAGGCCCUGGACAUAUCCGGGUACGCGUCGGGUAAAAACGACGGCAUCCCCCUGUCAAAGUUCCAAUUCGAGGAGUUCUUCAACUUCUACAAGUCCCUGACGCAGCGCAGCGACGUCGAGCGGGUCUUCGAGGAGUUGACGGGCUCGUCGAAGCGCAAGCUCAUGUCGGCCGCCCAGUUCGUCGAGUUCCUCAACCAGACGCAGCGCGACCCCCGGCUCAACGAGAUCCUCCACCCGUACGCCAACACCGCCCGGGCGACGGAGAUCAUCCGCCAGUACGAGCCCAACGCCCACAACGCCCAGAAGGGCCAGCUCAGCCUGGACGGCUUCCUCAGGUACCUCAUGAGCGAGGACAACCCCAUCGUCGCCGCCUCGAGGUUCGAGCUCUGCGACGACAUGGAGCAACCCCUGGCCCACUACUUCAUCAACUCUAGUCACAACACCUAUCUCACCGGCCAUCAGUUCACGGGCAAGAGCUCCGUGGAGAUAUACCGCCAGUGUCUGCUUUCCGGCUGCCGGUGCGUCGAGCUUGACUUCUGGAACGGGAAAUUCGACGAGCCUGUCAUCGUUCACGGGUACACACUGGUGCCGGAUAUAUCGGCUCGAGAUGUCAUCGAGGCGAUAGCGGACAGUGCCUUCAAGACGUCCGAGUACCCCGUUGUGCUCAGCUUCGAGAACCACUGCAACCCGAGACAGCAGGCCAAGAUCGCCCAGUACUGCCGGGAAUUCUUCGGGGACAUGCUGCUCGACGCGCCCCUCGAGUCACACAAGUUGGUGCCGGGCCAAGAGUUGCCACCGCCGGCGCUGCUAAAACGCAAAAUCAUCAUAAAGAACAAAAAGAAGCACCACCACAAGAAGAACCAGAAGAAGAAACAACAAGCCCAGGCUGGGAACGUCGCCCAACAGCAGGAGGACGGCACGGCCGGGGAGGUAAACGGCACGGACGACCAGACCAAAGGAGAAAACGGCCCUCCGCCCGACAUCAUACCCCUGAACGAGGUAAUCGAUGGCGUAGUCGUUGUCACCAAUGGAAACAACAACGAGGAUCCCAACGACGAAGCCCACGCGCCCAUGAUACAGCAACGGCAAGGCAGCAAGGACAGCACCCAGGACGACGAUGACGAGGAGGAGGAGUCGAGUACCGAGGAGGACGAGUCCAACGUCGAGGACAUAAAUGCGCUGCGAGUGGGGGAGAAGGGCGCGGUCGCCGAUACGAAGGCGUCGAAGGAAACGGAGGCCGGGGCCGAGAUCUCGGCCCUCGUCAACUACGUCCAGCCGGUUCACUUUGUCAGUUUCGAGUACGCCGAAAAGAAGAACCGCAUGUACGAGAUGUCGUCGUUGGACGAGAAGCAAGCCACGACUUUGCUGAAGGAGCGCCCGCUGGAGUUUGUCAACUACAACAAACACCAGCUGUCGCGGGUCUACCCCUCGGGCACGCGCUUCGACUCGAGCAACUUCAUGCCCCAAGUUUUUUGGAACGCCGGCUGUCAGCUGGUAGCUCUCAACUAUCAAACUCUAGAUCUCGCUAUGCAAUUAAACGUGGGCAUAUUUGAGUACAACAAGCGUUGCGGCUACUUGUUGAAGCCCGAAUUCAUGCGCAGGAAGGAUCGGCGAUUGGACCCUUUCGCGGAGUCGACGGUCGACGGUAUAAUUGCCGGGACCGUCAAGAUUCACGUCAUAUCGGCGCAAUUUUUGACCGACAAGAGGGUAGGGACUUACGUCGAGGUGGACAUGUAUGGUCUUCCAGCGGAUACCGUCCGAAAGAAGUUUAGGACGAAAAUAGUACCCAACAAUGGUAUCAAUCCCGUGUACGACGAGGAGCCGUUUGUUUUCAAAAAGGUGGUCUUACCAGAGUUGGCUUCCAUCAGAAUAGCAGCGUACGAGGAGUCGGGCAAAAUGAUAGGCCACCGAGUGUUGCCGGUCGUAGGUCUUUGUCCGGGUUACCGUCACGUGGCCCUGAGAACCGAGUGCGGCCAACCACUGCCACUGGCCAGCCUCUUUUUACACGUAAUCGUCAAGGAUUACGUGCCGGACGGCCUGAGCGAUUUUGCCGAGGCUCUGGCCAACCCGAUAAAGUACCAGAGCGAGAUCGAGAAGCGCGAAAAGCAAUUGGCUGCGCUCACGGAUGACUUGGAGGAGCCCGAAGGCGAGGCCGAGAUUAAGGAAAAGGGUAGUGGAUCGAGUUCGUCUAAGCCAGCUGAGGACAGCAGUAGCAAGUCGAAGCGAGGGCAAUCGAUCAGCGAGCCACCCCCGGGAUUGGCACCUGGAACAACCGCCAGUCCACACGGUAGACCAUCGAUCGGUUUGAUCAACACCGCGGACUCGCAGGAGCUCGAGGACGGCACGGGCGUUGGGCCAAGCGGCGUCGUCGAAGCGUCGACCAACAAGAGCCCCCUCAACGCCAGCACCAGCUCGUUUUCGCUGGUGUCCGAGGACAUCGUGGCCGAGUCGCUGGACAAGCUGAUGGAAAACAAGCUGGUGAAGGAGAAGAAGAUGGAGCUCGAGAAGAAGUUGGAGAACCUGAGGAAGAAGCAGGGCAAGGAAAAGGCUCGGGUGCAGGGCACAAAGGGCUCGUCGGUCGACGGGGAGAGCAAAAAGUCCAAGUUUUACAUGAGCAAUAUGCUGGUGAAGCGUCUCUCGAGUAAAAACAUCUUCACCGGCGAAGUGGGCCUCAGCGGUCUGACGCAGACCGACAUCACGGACUCGUCCGAGGUCGACAACCGCGACAACAGCAACAUCGAGACGUCCCCGCCCAAGGGCAUCCCGCGCAGCCGGAGCGAGCGGCUGAUUGCCGUGUGCAAGGAGCACGUGCUGCAGGAGCGCGAGCUGCAGGAAAAGUACCACGAGAACAUGUUCGUGACCCUCGAGAAGGUCAUGAAGUCGUCACAGAGCAAUCAGUUGAAAACGCUACAGGCGCUCUACGAACGCGAGACCGCCGACGUCAAGAGGAGGCUGCAGACCACGAGACGCGAGGAGGUGAAGCAAUUGGCAAAAGUUCACAAAGACAAGGCCGAGCUGGACCGCAUGAAGAGGGAAGUGGCUAAGUCGACUGUCGAGAAGGGAGUGAACGAGUGCACGAGACUGACCAAGAAGUACGAGAGGAAGAAAAUCGAGCUGGACAAGCAGCACGAGGAAGUGCGUCAAAAGCUCGAAGAGGAGAGGGCAAGGAUUCGAGCGUCGCUCGAGGCGGAGUACUCCAGCCGCUACAGCAGAUUCGAGAGCGGCGAGAUCGACUUGUCGCCAACGAACGACGGGCCCGACGACGCGGAGGCCCUCAGCGGGAAGACUUACUAGCACGAGGCCAGGCGUCACCGCUGGCUGAGGUGUUUCCAGAGCGACAAGCGUCAGUGAACGCGCGGUACCGACCCGCACGUGGUUCACCUUGAUAUACGUGGUCGCGCGAGACGUUGGUCCUCGGGAAGCCCGGGAGGGGCCGAACGCAACGUCGCAGCAGGUCGCGCGCGGGCACCGGAGGAGGAGGAGGAAGCGGCUGCAUUUUCGACAAGUAACAUUCCGAUCUCCCGUAUUAUAAACGCCGCUCUCCGACUGGACGUGUAACUUUGGCGAAAAAACACGACUCGGUGUCGAGUCGAGCUUGCCGGGUACAUAUUGUUGUGUCGUCCUUGCGAGUCAUGGAGGACUUGGGGCGAGGGCUGGUUUUACGGGGUGUUUGCACUCGCAGUCACAGUAUUAGACGAAACGCACUUGGGAUUCCCGAGGGGAGAUUGGUUCGAUCGGCAAGACUUGGAUUUUACUCGUACUAUUAUCGUAUAGGCAUGUGAUUCUAAAUAAGUGUGAUGUUUUUAAACUGUAACUAUAUUAAUCUUGUUGUUAUAUACAUAAGGCGUUAUAAAUAUAAAUAGUCCCAACUCGAAGUAACUAAGUAACGAUGCAAAUCUCGCGAGGGAGAGAUACCCUUUUUUUUUAAGAUGCAAAAAAAAAAUGUUUCGAAUGUCUCAUCGGUCCGAGUCGAAUCUCACUUGGCCUAGAGGAGAAUAACUUGAGAUUUUCCAAAGGCUGAUGUAAAAGGUACAGUAAGCACACAGCGACUCGUGGGUUCUCGUUUGUUCUCCCGAGACAAGUCCAAUUGAUUUAACGAAAGUAUGAGCGUAUCGAUCGGUUUUAGAGGUGGGGCUAAGGAGUAAUGGACGAAUCCUGCUUCACCCGAGGUUACAGAACCUCCGCGUCACUUUCUCCCAACGACACGAAGGAAAAAAAAAAAAAAAAAAAAAAAAAAAAGAAAA